AUGUCCACCAUCUCGAAUAUCCGACGUCAAAUCCGACUGAUACUCACCGCACCCAACACUGACCUGAGAAGCAUCACCACCGAACGCGUCCUCACGCUGCUCGUACAGCAGCACGGCAUGCCGCAAACUUGGGUGUACGAGAAAGAGAAGAUUAUCGACGACCUGCUCUGGGAGAUCCUCUUCGAGGUCUUGAGUGAGAAGGAGGAGGUCGAGCAAUCGAGUAUGGAAGAGCUGUUGUCUGCCCUUGCUGGAGCUCAGCUGGCUUCCAAAACCGAGAACGCUGACACUGUGAAAGGAACAAGGCAUUGA